UUCACUAUGACUGUGUUAACCACAAGGCCAAAGCCUUUGUUUCUCUGGGGAAGAAAGUCAAUGUCACAAAAACCUGGAAAAACAAACUGAAACACUAGGAGACAUGGUGGAUUUCCUCAAUGGGCAACUGCCUGACAUUCAAGUGGAGAAUUUAAUACACAUUGAGCCCCUCAUUCUGCAGGCCCAGAUGUCUUGUGACAAUGAAGCCUAUGGACACAACAGAGGAUCUUGGCAGUUCCUCUUCAAUGGACAGACUUUCUUCCUGUUUGACUCAAACAACAGAAAGUGGGCAGUGCUUCAUCCUGGAGCCAAGAAGAUGAAAGAUAAGUGGGAGAAGAACACGGAGGUGACCAUGUUCUUCCACAAGAUUUCAAUGGGGGAUUGUAAGAUGUGGCUUGAAGAAUUUUUGAUAUACUGGGAAAAAAUGCUGGAUCCAACAAAACCACACUCUCGGGCCCCAGGCACAACCCAACCCAAAACCAUGGCCACCACCUUCAGUGCCUGGAGCCUCCUCCUCAUCAUCCUCUGCUUUAUCCUCCCUGGCAUCUGAGGAGAGUCCUUUAGAGUGACAGGUGGAAGAUGAUAUCAAGAAGCCUCUGUUAGCCUGGUCUGGUUCCUGCUCUCCCUUCAGGGAGGCCACCUGUCUACUCACCACUGUGCCUUUCUGGAAAGCAGGAGUUCAAGCCUUAGCCAGCUCACAGGCCCCCAGCGGAUGAUGAGGACGUUGUAUACUUAACAUCUCAUGCCAGUCAUUACCUUUACUGAUGAUCCUGGCUACCAUUUUUCUUAACAUCUUCUGCCACUUUCUCUCAGUGCUAAUGGAUGGAAUUCCUGCACAAGUUUUAACUGAACAAGAAAUCCUAGCAAAAAAGCAUUUUCUUUCUACUUCUUUGAUUGUGGAAAAGUAGACACUUCUCUGAAGCAUGACCUUAUUCUUCCAAACAGUAUCGCUAGUAAAAUAGCAUGCUGGACUUCAAAG